AUGAAGAAGAGAAAAAUAAAGGAGAAAUACAUACGGGCCUUGUUCACCGCAGUGGAGGAGCAAGAAGCACAACAGCUUCGCCAAAACUGCAAUCACCAUUUCAACUCAUUCGCCACACACGAUGUGUACUUCUUAAAUGAGAAGUAUUACCGACUGAAGAGCGAAGAUGGCGCUGGCAUGCGGAAGACGUUGCUGCGGUGUUUAUAUAAACACAACUUUUAUGUGCCCACGAAGAUAAGAAGAAUCAUUUUCAAAAAAUUCCUCCUUCAAAAUGAGGCCACAGAUGUUCACAACUUCAACUACGACGUGUACCUGUUACUGUCUUAUUUGAAGAAUCCCAACGUGAACGAGGCGACGCAGAAAAUUGUCGACUUGGACGUAUUCCGGACACGCAUAAAUAAAGAAAACGAAAAGACCAUUUACUUCUUUAACCUUUUUUUAAAUUACGCCUGCAACCAUUUUCAAUUCAAGUACAAACAGGGGCUAAACGAGGUUUUAGCCCUUUUCUUUUACCUGAAGGGCAAAUACUUCAACCUGGUUGAUGUCUACUUCUGCUUCCAGAGCUUCGUCGAUCGGUUCUUGAAGGAGUUUUACUAUGACGACGAGUUCUUCUUUUUGCAAAUAUCCUUUUACUUGUUUAAAAUUUUGAUUAAGUACCACGACCCCGUGUUCAACUUGGAAAUUUCGAACGCCAUUUAUUUGAUCUUUGUGCUGGAGCGCAAUCCGUUUUUUUAUUUCUUCUUUUCCCUGGCGCUUUUGAUUUUGCACAGAAACAUAUUUUUAUGCGUCGAUAGUUCAAAUUUACCUGAGUUGUUAAGCAAAAUAAACAUUUUCAACAAAAAGUUUUUGAAGAAGGUGUGGUCUUUAGGAAAAUUCCUUGAAGCCAACACGCCCGUGUCCUUUGUGCACAAAUUAUUUUUCAUCAAAAAUGUGCUCAUGUAUUUGACAAGCGAACACUCCGCCAACAGUCAUCAGAAGAAGGAAAUCCUCUUGGAUUUUUUCAACUCCAUCGACUACAUGUCUGUGAAUGCUUAUGAAAUAAUAAAAAACAUAUCCCUAGGGAAGAACAACUACGUCUUUUUGGAUAUCCGGUCGAGGAGGCAUUUCCGAACGUUUCACUUGAAGAACUCGAUCAGCGUGGAGUUGGUUGAAGGUUAUGCGGACAUCUUGCGUGGUGAGCCAUCGAGAGCACAGGAGGAGAGCCUAAACACGAGCUCCUUCAACUUAUACAUGCUAAUAAAGGAAAAGGUCCUGUGUAAUGAAGACUGCCUUCGCUUUCGCUUCGAGGAUGUCUUAACUCCUGAAAAGCAAGUAAUAAUUCUCUACGAUGACAAUUUCGAUAACGCCAAAUACGUGCGUGGGUUCUACUAUGAACUCUUAUUUCGUACGAAGCUGAGGCAGGUGGCGAUCAUCGAAGGAGGGAUAAACUCCUAUCACAAUUUGAUGCGAUUGGAUCCGUCUCACGGGAGGAUGAGUUCAGUGGGUCCAUUCUUCUUUAGCAAUGCUGGAAAUACCAACGAUGAGAGAUCUACUCAUGGACGGGAAGAAGCCUCCCACUUGUACACACAAGAAUGUCUUCUCGCUGCUAUCUAUGUGACUACAGGCACUUUAGAAAAACGAAAAAAAAUUUUAGAUGAUUGUUUUUUUGAGAGUUACAGUAAUUUUACAAUUUUUGAAAAUUUUUUUUACUUCCUGAGUGACGAGCGGGAUGAUGUUUCUUUUUCUUCUUUCUACGAUCACAUCAUUUGGAUGAAGAGCAAGGAAGGGGAGGGUAGUAGUGGUGGUGGUUCUUCCUAUUUGGGAGGAGGACAUAACAGGAAGAAGGACAGCGUGGAAGGAUCCGCAUUCAGUUUUUCGGGGCUGUUAAAUUAUAUUAAGAGGAAGAAGGGUAGUGUUAACGAUACUAGUGUCUUUGGCAAUCGUCAGAGCUUCUCUCCCCAUGGUGGAGAUGGCGUUGGAGGGGGGAGCACUUUCCCAAGUGAUCUGCAAAAGGAGGCCCACAUUAGUGCAUUCGUGUCGGAGAAGAAGAUCAGCGAGUCUACCAAUGGAGGAGACAUGCACAUUUGCAAUAACGCCAAGGUGAAGAAACAUUACUUUAGUUUAAAUCACUACAUCGAUUAUUGUAAUAGGAAGAAGAGCGACCUGUUGAAUGUAGCAUCGUCUGUGCAACCUCAGGGGGGUGAAGGCACCUCUUGGGGUCCUCCACCUGUUAGUGACACGCUCGAUGGGAAGAAGGAGGAGCAGCUUGGGGGGGAAGACGAAGUGUGUACUGCUUCACUGGGGAAUGAUCGCACAGAAGCGAAAUUAAACGUAUGCACGUAUGGUCAGUGGAGGAGUGACGCGGCAGAGUGGGAACACACGGCAGGAGAGACACACACGGCGGUGGAAGCUGCGUCUGCGUCAGCCGCUGGGAGGGUGGACUCCUUCGCGGACUUCGCAUCAGAACCCCCGCACGACCCACCCAACAGGGGGCACUCAAUCGGUAGCGACCACGCUCCGGAGGGAAUUAAAAGGAGCUGUUCCUCCAGCUCGGAUGUCUACAGUUUAUAUUCCUACAUUGAUAUUGUGUGUUACCGGAGUUUGCUCCUCAAGGGGGGAGCUACCACACAAGGGGGAGCUACUACACAAGGGGGCACCACCCCCAAGCGCAAACUGUACAGUUGCUUCAUUACGUAUAUAUACCAGCCCCUCAUUCCUCACAACAUCCGAUCGAACAACAUCAUUAGUAACUUGGUGCACUACGUAAAGUAUUUCAAGUGCAUUAAACGGGGCAGCACUGCCAUUAACGACCCGAACCUCUACCUGCAGUGUAACAAGCUGGACUCUAACGUAUCCUUCCAGAUGGAUUCUAACUUAUCCUUCCAGAUGGGUUCUAACUUACCCUACAAGAUGGGUUCUAACCUCCCCUUCCAGAUGGGUUCUAACUUACCCUACAAGAUGGGUUCUAACCUCCCCUUCCAGAUGGGUUCUAGCCUCCCCUUCAAGAUGUCCUUCUUGCCCUUUAGCAACUUGAGGAGCAUGCAGCUUCUGCCCAGUGCCCGUGCGAAGGAGCUUCUUCCCGGGGGGGGCGGCGCAGACCUCUGCUACCUUGGCGCGGCAGGAGGGGGAGCAGCCAACACGGCGAGCACCGCCAGCACGGCCAGCACUGUCAACAUGGCCAACACCGCCAACAUGGCCAACACCGCCAACAUGGCCAACAGCUCCGACGAGCGAGUGAACGACUUCAUCUUGAGCAACACGUGCCUAAAGAACAAGCCUGAGCUGGGGCUUUGCAAGCUGAUGAUUUACGAUCACCUACUUAUACUCUACGGCAUGCCCUACCUGUAUGAGGUGAGUCUGCCGGGGGGGCGCGGAGGUGCGGAGUCCACCGAGGCCCCAGAGGAGGAGUGUGAGGAAGGAGCAGGUGAGAGGUGUGAGGAAGAAGCAGGUGAUGGGUGUGAGAAAGCAGCAAGUGAGACGUGUGGACAAGCCGCUACUCAGAAGUAUAACCCAUCGAGGGGCGUGGAGCAGAUCGGGGAAGCCCCCCACCUGGGAGACAUCGGCACGAAAAACUUCUUGAGAGAAAAGGAGGAAUACUCGACGGAGGGUACGGACCAAGAGAAGUGGUACCUCUCAUGUGAACCGGGAGAAGAAUUGCAGACGGUGCUGAUCCACAAACACAAAGACUUAAAGAAAAAGGACAUACUCUUUAGUAUGGAUUCUUACAAAAUAAGUGGAAUAGAUAUAAACUGGGCUAGUGUCUCUCCAUAUAGCACCCCACUGAUGGUCCUCAACUUCGAUAGCGACUUGGAGGUGCAGUCGUGCGUGCGCUCCAUCAGGGAGGUCUACUCGCGCUACGCCAACGGGGGAAGAGGCACAUCAGGGGAAGCAGCGGGGGAGGCGGCGACGAAGCGGGCUUUGUUGUGA